GACUUCCUCAAGCAGUUUAGUUUUGGAUACGUUACAAUUACCGCAGAUUAUCUGGCGAUUGUUUUGCUCAGCCCUCACAUAUUUGGGGCUGCUGAGCACUGUGGUCCCACAAGGCGUAACUCUGCCCUUGAACCUGCUGCUGCCCUGUUGGCGUGGGCCCUCUGCUGCAUGUACUGCGGAGUGCUGGAUACUUCGAUGGGUGUGGGAACAUGCUGUAUGGUUAUGACGGGCCGCUGUGUGGGCGAGGAGAGUCUGGGGUGUCUUCUGUUCUUAGGUCAGUGUGCCGCAUGGGCUUCACUGGAGGGGUGGGGCAGCAGGACCUUUCGUGCAUCUGUCCGGGACGGGAGGGAGAGAAGCAGAAGCAGACAAAAAGACAAAGAAAGAAAGAAAGAAAGAAAGAAAGAAGACACACAGUAUCUGAAACAGAGAAAGCGGCUCAACCAAGAAAACAGAAAAGAGCAAAUCCUUUGGAAUAAAUAACAGACCUCGUUUUUUUUCCUUUCGAAGACGGGGAAGAAAAAAAAUAAGAAUGUUGCCGUUGUUUGUUUGUUUGUUUGCAUUACUCGCAAACCUGGUUCUUAAGGAAAAAUACACAAAAAAGUUGAAUUAAAUUUCAGAACUGUGUUUUGCAAGCGGAUCGGAUCGGAGAACUAAGCCGACUUCCUCAAGCAGUUUAGUUUUGGAUACGUUACAAAUUACCGCAGAUUAUCUGGCGAUUGUUUUGCACAGCCCUCACAUAUUUGUAUAUAUUAUUAUUAUUAUUAUUAUUAUUAUUAUUAUUAUUUAUAACAGAUGAGACGACUGUUUUUCAUUAUCCGUUUCUGUGGAAAGCAGCCAACUAUUUUAUUAGAUUACUAGCGGCACGCCUUGCUCUGUUUUAAAAAAAGACUUAUUUACAAAUAAGGGAAGAAGAAAAACGCAAGAUCCUGGAUUUCUAUGAUUUUUUGGAGGAACCCCAAAGUUCAGUAACUUGAUCAGAGACUGCAAUGGAUUCGAGGAGGAUCGCAUUUUCUUGCUGUUUCCUGAUUCUUGCAAAGGUACUGUAUUUAAAAGUUGCUGCGGGAGACACCUGCGAGAGUAACCGCUUCACAGAGGAUGGCGAGUGCUGUGACCUUUGCCCCUUAGGAUUUGGGGUCACUGUCGAAUGUGGCAAAACAAACACUCAGUGCAAAGCCUGCCAGGAGGGUGUGACAUUUUCUGCGCUCCCUGGCACCCCCUGCAGCCCGUGCUCGCUCUGCCCCCAGGGUAUCCAGGUGACGGGUCUCUGCAUGGCCACGCAGGACACGCAGUGCAACUGCGGCGACGGCUUCUUCCUCAAUGUGGUGAAUGGCUCUGACCCUCUGUGCGCUCCCUGCUCGUCCUGUGGGAAGGGGCUGGGUGUGGAGUGGGAGUGCAGGCCUCACUGGGACACCAAGUGCAAGGCCUGCCCAGCAGGAACCUACUCCGAGGAGAACAGCCAGACUGAGACCUGCCUCAACUGCACAACCUGCCAGGAGAGCGAGGUGCAGAUCCGCGAGUGCACCGCCAACUCCGACACACUCUGCAUGGACAAGAAACUGAUGAUCUUGCAGAGACAGGGCACUGCCUCUCCAAAGGACUCAUCUCGUCGUGUGGAUCCCAUGGAGUCUGAGACCAGCACCUACCCCAGCUCCCCAGACUUCAUCCCUCAAGAGGACAACGGCAAGAACAUCAUCCCAGUGUACUGUUCCAUCCUGGCAGCCAUCGUCAUUGGUCUGCUCAUCUACGUUGCCUACAAGUGCUGGACCUCAUGCAAGCAGAAGCAGCAGCAGCAGCUGGCAAAAGCGCAUGCCAGCGAGCUCAGCUGCUCCCCCGAAGGAGAGAAACUGCACAGCGACAGUGGGGUCUUCCCGGAUACACACAGCCUGCAGGAGACACAGCAGCUCAAAGGCAAUAAACUGGAGAGCCGUCUGUACCUCAACGUUGCCCCCCAGAGGCAGGAAGAGAUUGAGCAGCUGCUGCUGGACACCAGCGGUGGGAAGGGCUGGCGCCACCUGGCUGCUCAACUGGGGUAUGAGCAGGAUCGUGUGGACAUCUUCGGGCGGGGUGAGGACCCCGUGCACACCCUGCUCUGUGAUUGGUCGGCUCAGGAGGGCACCACUGUGUCGGCACUGUACGCUGCGCUGAACCGCAUUGAGAGGAGUGAUGUGGCCGUAGCUCUAAGCAGACCAGCUGAGGCCAGCUCUGUGGUGUGACCUGAGACAGAGAGAGAGAGAGAGAGAGAGGACUG